AUGACGGCGUUUUCUGUUGAUUACAAUAUAGAGGCCCUCAUUGACAAACCGCACAACACGGACACUGACAACAACUGGAACAAUAUUGCCAUCGCUACUCGAACCGACCAAGGAAUGGGCCUCACAGUCGUCAAACUGACGAUCAAUCCACUGAAGAAUCCUCUACAAAAAGCGGAAGAUUAUGACUCUUAG